GCCACACGUCGGCCAUCCGGCGGUGCCCCGCGAAGAUAAGGACCCCCUCUGCCCCGCGGAACGAACCCUAGCCCCCUCUUCCUUUCCCCUCGCGCCUUUGCUUCCUCCCAGCGACAAGCCGAGCCGCCGUCGCCAUUGUCUUCGCCGUCCGCGUGCUUCCCGAUGACCUCGAGCCCCACUAGCUUAUUCAAGAGGUCGGCUACGCUCAUCUCCUUCCACUACAGGGACGCGUUCGAGCUCGGAGCACCUACAUCAACUGGAUCGAGCCGCCUUCGACCUCGGGACCUGACUCCGUUCGUCGCCCCCGCGUCGCUCCUCCGCUCCUCCGGUCCACCUCGACUCCAUGUCGCUUCCUCGACCACACCACGAGCUCCGAGACCCCGAGACCGAUGUUGCCCCUGUGAUCGACUACGUCGACGACGACCCCUCCUUGCCAGAGCAACCAGCUCUUUCCACUUUUCUCAGAUGCUGCAACCAGAUGGUGGAGCCCAGGAGCCAGGCGACACCACCGACGACUGCUACUACCCCGAGGGUGCCUACUACCACGUGACGGACGCCGACGACCAGGAGUAGUUAGGAGGCUCC